CAUUCCAAACCCAGGUUAGCCCAACACCACAGUCUGAGUGCCAGAGAAGGAGACCGACACAUGGCAGUCCAUGGACCCUUCUUCAGACAGCCACAGGUAGUAACAAUGAUGUGGAUGCUUAUCAUAGUCCUCGGUAUGUGUGGAGGACAUGCCACGGGCUGGACAUAUCAUGCCUCCACAAAUACCAUGAACUGGACCAUGGCAAGAGAGUGGUGUUGGAUUAACAACCACACAGACAUGGUAGUCAUCCAAAACCAGGAAGAGAAUAAUUACCUCCUCAACAUCUUGCCUGAUAGAACUGGGUCUCCGUAUUACUGGAUCGGAAUCAAGAAGAUCAAUGGAAACUGGACAUGGGUCGGAACCAACGGAACGUGGGUUGGGAAUUCUUCCUGGGCACCCAACGAACCCAAUAACAAACUGGGUGAGGAGUGUGUUGAGAUGUACGUCAACAAAGGGAACAGCGAGAAUAAUGGGAAGUGGAACGAUGACAAGUGCUCAAAUCUCAAAUACUCGCUAUGCUACAGAGACCAAUGCAACCAAACAUCCUGCAUGGGACAAGGGAGAUGCUUGGAGACCAUCAACAAUUUUACCUGUGUGUGUGAACCUGGGUUUGAGGGACACUUUUGCCAAACAGCUAAGGGAUGUGACCCCUUAUGUCUACCUGAUGGCUUUGUGAACUGCUCUGCUGUCAACUUUACUGUCAACUCUACAUGUCGGUUGAGCUGUGAGAAGGGGAACCUACUGCUGGGAUCCCCAGAAGUCAGCUGUGGCACUGACAGGGUCUGGACUGCAGUCUGGGGCGAUGACAUCUGGAGCAGGAUCUGGGUCUGGAGCGGACAACGGCCAGUUUGUGCAAGUGAUCAGCAUGUCCUAAUGGCUGUAGCUGCUGGUUGGAUGCUCUCAAUGUCCUGUUGCAUCUGCUGCUGUUUCAAUCACAGAAAAAAAAAGAAGCAUGCUCAACUAAGGGAACCAGAUGAGGGUGUGACAUCAUCCAACGAGACAGGGGACAACUGAUGGACCUCUGAGACUUUAUACAUUAUGUCAAUCUACCUAUUAUUUCAACAUACUAUGUGGAUUAGUCCACAUCAAACAUAGGAUGUUGUAAAUCGUUAGAAUUAUGUUACUGUAUGUUAUGUGAAUUCUACAAGUUCAACAGCUUUGUGUAAGAAAAGUAAAUAAAACUAUU